ACAGUUCACUCCCCUCUUUAGUCUUCACGUAUACACUCCAAGUUCGCGGCAAAAUGCUACAAAGCUUCCGCCUCGUCUCCAGUCGCUUAUUCCAACACUUGCAGGUGUUUAUAGGCACUAAUAUUAUAAUGAAGAAGUCUGCUUUGCCGUUGAAAAAUUUAUGUGGACUCGAGAAGCAGAAAUGCGGUAAGGAUGCUUUGGUGAAGCUCCUGAGAUGGCAUUUUGGUUAUUCUCAGUACCGAGGGAAGCAAUUAGAGGCUAUUGAAUCGGUUUUGUCAGGAAGAGAUUGUUUCUGCCUCAUGCCAACUGGUGGAGGAAAGUCGAUGUGCUAUCAGAUUCCAGCAUUGGUGAAAUCGGGAAUUGUGCUUGUUGUUUGUCCUUUAAUAGCAUUAAUGGAAAAUCAAGUAACGGCACUAAAGGAGAAAGGUAUUGCUGCUGAAUUUCUAUCCUCUACCCAGACUUCGAAAGUUAGAGAAAAGAUUCAUGAAGAUCUUGAACUUGGAAAACCAUCCUUAAGGCUGCUUUAUGUAACACCGGAAUUGAUUGCCACACCUGGUUUUAUGUUAAGAUUGACAAAGAUUCAUUCUAGAGGGCUCUUGAAUCUAAUAGCCAUCGAUGAGGCACAUUGCAUCUCAUCUUGGGGCCAUGAUUUCAGGCCUAGCUACCGGAAACUUUCUUCUUUGAGGAAUUGUUUACCUAAUGUGCCAAUAUUAGCUUUAACAGCUACCGCCGUUCCAAAGGUUCAGAUGGAUGUGAUGGAGUCUUUGUGCCUACAUAAUCCUCUAGUCCUGAAGUCAUCAUUUAAUCGACCAAAUAUAUAUUAUGAAGUCCGGUAUAAAGAUCUUUUGGAAGAUCCAUAUGCGGAUCUAGGCAAUCUCUUUAAAUCUUGUGGAAAUGUCUGUGCAAUCAUAUACUGUCUUGAACGUUCAACCUGUGAUGAUUUGGCUACUCAUUUGUCCAAGAUAGGAAUUAAUUGUGCUGCCUACCAUGCGGGCUUGAACAAUAAGCUACGGAGUUCUGUUCUAGAUGACUGGAUAUCCUCAAAAACAAAGGUUGUUGUCGCUACAGUGGCUUUUGGGAUGGGAAUAGAUCGGAAGGAUGUUAGAAUUGUUUGCCACUAUAAUGUUCCCAAGUCGAUGGAAUCCUUUUAUCAGGAGUCAGGUAGAGCUGGUCGUGAUCAAUUGCCAUGUAGAAGUGUUUUGUACUACGGAAUGGAUGAUCGGAGAAAAAUGGAGUUUAUAUUAAGUAAAGCAGAAAGCAAAAAGUUGCAGUCCUCAAGCUUGCCUGAUGGACAUACAAAGAAGUCCUUAGUUGAUUUCAGAAUGAUGGUUGAGUACUGCGAAGAGGCUAAAUGUCGAAGGAAGAAGAUCCUGGAGAGCUUUGGGGAGGAGGUACCAGCAACCUUGUGUGGAAAAUCUUGUGAUACAUGCAAGCACCCAGACGUUGUGACUAAGUGUUUAGAGGAGCUUACAAGUUCUUGUGCUUUUAGAAGCAGGAGUGGUACCUCGCAAAUCUAUAUUAAUAGCUCCCCAAGUCUGAUCUUAGAAAACCAGUACUCAGAAUUUUGGGAUCGGGAUGAUGGUGAAAAUGGGUCCGAGGAUGAUAUAUCUGAUGCUGAUGAUGAUAUUGAUGUUGUGAAGACCUUGACUCGAUCUAGUUUACCAUCAAAAAGAACAUUAAAUGAUAAGAUUGAAGUGUUGCAGAGGGCAGAGGAGCGAUAUUAUCAGGACAAAAAUCAUGAAAAACAGAAGAAUAAACUCGACAAGAAUGCCAUAUCUGAAACUCUGAGGGGGUCAAGCAAGCAAAGAUUAUUGAAUGCAUUAAAGCAAUCACAACAGAGGCUUGAAAAAUUAGAAAUUAACCUUGAAAUGUCAGCUGCAUUCCUUGAAAAUGAGUGCUUCAAGAAAUUUGGAAAAACCGGUAAAUCUUUCUAUUUAUCACAAAUGGCAAGCAUUAUGAGGUGGCUUCCAACAGCAAAUGAAAUGGAACUAUCAUCUAGGCUCAGUGCUAUGACAGAUCCUGCUGCUUCCAGCACCGAACAGAUUGGAAUCUCCUCUUCUGCAUCUCCUCUGGUUGAUCAGGUAUCAUAUGAUAUUAGUAAUGAAAAUAUGUACUGCAGCGUUGAGUCCAAUACUCCAACUACACUGGAAAGCAAUUUAUCAGACACUAAACUGCCACCAAUCCCAUCUUUUUCGGACUACAUGAAAAACAAAAAGGCCAAAGGUAGCCAGUUAUCACCAUCUGAGAAUCUUUCACCCAGCGCCAUGCAAAAGAAUAGGGAUAAGAGAGCUAGAUAUCAGUAGGGCUGAAAUGGAUUUUUGUUUCAUUUUGUAUAUGUGCAGCAAAGCACUACUGAGUUCUUGUUCCAUUUUGUUGCUGAUAAGACUGACAAUAACAGGAAAAAGUAAGAGUUUGUCGCAAAUUUUCACAAACAUGUACUAAUGAUAUAGAGGACACUGUUAAGUUAGCUUCUACACUUAUCAGCGGGUCUUUUAGUAGACUAUCAGAACUAUCUCUUUUUCCUUGGACUGCUGAUUUUAACCAGUGCGAUCUGCAUUGGAUUCUAGAUGCUAUCAUAUGAACUAUGAAAUACGAGUAUUUGUUUAUUUA